AUGGCCCUCUCACAAGCAGCAGCCCUGGUCGAGAAGAUCAUCGGCCACGGCGGUGAAGCUACGACCGAACAGAAUCUCAGCAACCCCUCCAAAGAUCCCUCCAAGUAUGCCGAUCCCUCAGGCGAGAAGAUGAAGGCGCUGGUGUGGAAUGGCAAGAACAGCGUCAAGAUCGUUGAGACAUUCAAGCCGGCAAAGAUCGAAGACACCGAUGUCAUUGUCAAGGUGACCGGUUCGACCAUCUGCGGCUCCGACCUUCACUUGUUACAUGGCUCGAUCGUAGAGCUGCAAAAGGGGGAUAUCCUUGGACACGAGUUUUGUGGUGUUGUUGACAGCGUCGGCCCCAGUAUCUCCAAGGUCAAACCGGGUGACCGAGUCGUUUGCAGUUUCCAAAUUGCCUGCGGCAGCUGCAUGUACUGCAAGCGGAAACUCAGCAGUCAAUGUGAAAAGACCAACGACAAUACCAUCGAGAAUAUCAUGUACGGCGGCCGCACUGCAGGUAUGCUGGGAUACUCGCACUUCACUGGUGGUUAUGCUGGUGGGCAAGCCGAGUAUGUCAGGGUCGCAUAUGGCGAUGUCAACCUUUUGAAGCUGCCAGAUGACGUCCCUGACGAGAAGGGCCUGUAUCUCUCUGAUGUGCUCAGCACGUCAUGGAACUGCGUCGUCGAUACGGGUGUAAAGGAGGGAGACGUCGUCGCUGUCUGGGGCGCGGGUCCUAUUGGUCAGAUGGCUGCAGAAAUGUCAUUCAUGAACGGUGCCAAGCGCGUCAUCAUCAUCGACGGUGGUCCAGCUGCCUGGCGUCUCGACUUCGUCAAGUCAAAAAUCCCCAAGGUCGAGACAAUCGAUUUCACCAACCUCGCAAAGGGCGAAACCGUGGUAUCUACGCUCAAGAAGAUGGAACACGGCGGUCCCGAUGUUGCUCUUGAGUGCGUAGCAGGCGAGUACGCCAAGGGCUGGGCUCAUUAUUUUGAGAUGAUGCUGGGUGCGGAGACAGACACUUCCGAAAUCAUCAACGAAAUGAUCGCGAGUGUCAAGAGCUUUGGUCGUUGCGGUGUCACUGGCGUGUAUGCCGGAUUCACCAACCACUUCAACAUUGGCUCUCUCAUGGAGCGUGGUAUCCGCCUGAUCGGCAACGGUCAGGCCCCUGUUCACUUGUAUUGGGAAGAUCUGCUCAAGAAGAUCCAAGAUGGCAGUCUGGAACCACUGAAUAUGGUCACCCACCGUGUUCGUCUUGAGGAGAUGGAUGAGCUGUACAGACGGUUUGAUGCCCGUGAAAAGGGUAUCCAAAAGGUCUUUGUGGCCACCAAGUUUAGCUUCCCACCAUCUCCUGGAGCGCCACAACUUACCGAGUUCGGUACUGCAUAA